AUGUCAAGUGUGAUAUCUCGAAAUGCUGAAUUCCCUCCAAGAGGUUGGAAUUCGUAUGAUUCCUUUAGCUGGAUAGCUACUGAAGUGGAUUUCUUAGAGAAUGCUCGGAUACUGCAGACUAAGAGGUUCACUGAUCAAGGAUAUGAGUAUGCUAUUGUGGAUUACCUCUGGUAUAGGACUCUGGAAGGAAAUAACAAUUCCCUUGGUUUUGACAAUAUUGAUGAAUGGGGAAGAAUGCUCCCUGACCCUGGAAGAUGGCCUUCUUCAAUGAUUGGAGGGAAAGGGUUCACUAUAGUUGCAAACAAAAUUCAAGGCAUGGGUUUGAAGUUUGGGGUUCAUCUUAUGGCAGGAAUCAGCACACAAGCAUACAAUAAAAACACACCUAUACUAGAUACAACAACGGGAAGAACUUACACGGAAUUUGGUCGAGAAUGGUAUGCAAAAGACAUAGGAAUCCCAGAGAGGGCUUGUAGUUGGAUGAAUAAUGGUUUCAUGGCUGUAAAUGCUGCUACAGGAGCUGGAAAAGCAUUUUUGAGAUCAAUUUAUGAGUUGUUAGGUUCAUGGGGAGUUGAAUAUGUGAAACUUGACUGCGUGUUCGGCGAGGACUUAAAUUUGGAUGAAAUAACUACUGUGUCACAGAUUCUCAAAGACACUAAUUCCCCCAUUGUGCUAUCUCUGUCACCUGGAGUCAAUGCAACACCACAAAUGGCUAGGAUGGUUAGUGGACUGGUGAAUGCAUACCGUGUAACAGGAGAUGAUUGGGAUGAAUGGCCAGCAGUUGUUAAUCAUUUUGAUGUAGCAAGUAACUUUGCUAGAGGUUGGUUGAUAGGAGCACCAGGUUUAAAGGGAAAGUCAUGGCCUGAUUUGGAUAUGCUUCCAUUUGGAUGGCUAACUGACCCAGCUGCCAAUGAAGGUCCACAUAGGUUUUCUAAACUUACCCAGGAUGAGAAAAAAACUCAGAUGACUUUAUGGUGCAUGGCAAAGUCUCCUAUCAUGUAUGGAGGUGAUUUACGAAAGAUUGAUGCGUGGGAAUUAGAUCUUAUUACUAAUCCUAUCUUGUUAGGGAUAAACUCUUUCAGCUCAAAUAAUAGGGAGGCAUGUGAACUUUCUCUCUUGUUUUCUCUUUUGAUAAAAUUACAUAAUAUUGAAGGUAUUCGAUCUUGGGUUGCAACUAGAAGAAACAAAGGAGAGGCCUAUGUUGCAUUUUUCAAUCUUAAUGAUGAGAACAAAAAGGUAUCAGCGAACAUAGCAGAAUUGGAUGUGGUGAUUCCAGAUAGAAAUUUUACAAGUUGCACGGGAAGAGAGAUAUGGAGUGGAAACAACACAAAAACAAAUGAUAUCUUCUCAGCUGAAGUGGCAGGACAUGGAUCUGCAUUAUUUGUCCUCAAUUGCCAAUGACUUUGACCUUAAAUCUUAUUUUU